ACAGCAAACAAUAAGAUAUAGCGAAGACUUCAACGAAGUCGUCUUCCUCCAUCAACCCCAAUUGUGAUCUCCAAGUUCUUGAUCAGUAAAUAUCAGGCACAGAGAGAGAGAGAGAGAGAGAGAGAGAGAGAGAGAGCAUGGAGCCAUUGACGACCUCUCAAGCUCAAGCGAUACCACCAGAAGCUUCCAAGACGCUGCGCCACUUCUUGCAUCCCCAUCACCCUCUCCAUGAGGUCUACCUCGCCAAGGAGUUCGAGUGCGACGGCUGCAAUGCCCUCGGCCACGGAAAGCGUUACCGUUGCUCCACCUGCACCUUCGACCUCCACGAACGCUGCGCCACCUGCCCCCAGGCGCUCCCCUCCCACCUCCACCCGGCCCACCCGCUCACCCUCGUCAACCAGUCCCUCGGCAUGGUCUGCGAUCUCUGCGGCGAGGACGUUAGCGGCCUGUACUACACGUGCGGGGUGUGCAGGUUCGACGUGCACCCGCUGUGCACGGAGCUGCCGGCGUCAGUGGAGCACGCCGUGCACCCCCACCACCUCCUCACGCUCAGUCCUGCGGAGCCGCGGAGUUGUGCGGUCUGUCGGCACGUGUGCAAUUCCUGGCGGUACACCUGCGAGCCGUGCCAGGUCGACCUCCAUCUGGAGUGCGCGUUCCAAGAGCCAGUGGCAGUUGGCCAGAUCGCGACUGCUCCAGUGUCUACGUAUGAUCAAAGGCAGUAUGGUCACGUCGCGGGAGUUCCUUCUGCUGCUUCUCCUUCUUCCUUCUAUCCAUAUCAACCCGUUGUCGUCUAUCAACCUAUCUAUAGCGCCAUGCCAAUCGACGGCGGAGCGUCGAAGUCCACGAGCGGAAGCGACAAGCGGAAGAAAAUUUACUCGAUCGUGGCCAAAGUCGCGGUGAAGGCUGUUACGAAGGUUGUUAUCGGCUCCAUUACUGGGGAUUUCUCCAGCUAAAAGUUGGCUUUGAUCGUAUGUAUUGCUGUCUUGGAAUGCAUCUGAUUGUGCUUGUUGCUUGUUUGGCAUUCCACUGUUUUUCAUGACCUUAAUACGAAAGUCUUGAUGAAUCUUGUCAUAUGUAUUCCUCGUUUGAGAGAAAAAAUUUCCUUUACAUGAGAAAUAUAUGACUUGUCAAGAU